AGUUAUCAGAAACACAGAACAACAUUCGAUUCAACAUGGAUCUUGGUGUGAUGAAGCAAAGUUUCAACUCUCAAAUAAAUGCUAGUUCAGAACUUUAUCCAGAUUGGCUAAAGGAGGAACAUGAAACCGGCACAACUAUUAUGGCAGUAGAAUUUUCUGAAGGUGUAGUUAUCGCAGCAGAUUCUCGAACCACCACUGGAGCAUACAUUGCCAAUAGAGUGACUGACAAACUGACCAGAGUAACAGAUAGAAUAUAUUGCUGCAGAUCCGGCUCUGCCGCAGAUACUCAAGCAAUAACUGAUGUAGUUGCUUAUCACCUGGGAUUUUUACAAAUGGAACAAGGCGAAGAACCUCAAGUCAAAAUUGCCGCAAGCGUCUUUCAAGAGAUGUGUUAUAAUUAUAGAGAUAGCUUGACAGCAGGCAUUAUUUGCGCUGGAUGGGACCGCCAUAAGGGAGGACAAGUUUAUUGUUUACCUUUAGGAGGUAUGUGCGUUAGACAGCCUUUCGCUAUUGGAGGUUCCGGCUCGACUUAUAUCUAUGGUCAUGUCGACAAAGAAUUUAAGGAAAAUAUGGCAAAAGACGAAUGUAAGGAAUUUUGUAAAAAUGCCGUUGCUUUAGCUAUGAGCAGAGAUGGAAGCUCUGGUGGCGUUAUCCGACUAGCUGUAAUCACAAAGGACGGUAUCGAAAGAGAAUUUUUUGCAGGCAGCGAUGUACCUACAUUUUGGGAAAAAUAUUGA